AUGGGCGACGAUAAGUUCGAAUAUCAGGAACUCCCUAUCCCCUCUUACGAAGAAGCCACCGGUCAACCCUCCUCCUCGCGCGAACAUCUAGGUGAUGGCACCGACGCUGAACGCCAGGGGCUCCUCGGUCGCGAGCCCUCUCACUACCAACCCCCAACCGUGGAAUCCGUUCGCGGCAGUCUCGAUGACCUUGCCUCGUCGGCAUCGGGCUCAUCCCGAGGCUCCGCGGAUGAGCUACGCAGGGAAUUAGAUCAGAUGGAUGUCGAUGACUCCGCAACACUACCCCAUGGUCGCCGCCGAUUAAGACACCAAUUCUCCAAGCGCUUCUCUACUCUCACCCGAACCCUUUCCGCAAUCCAUCGGCCCUUACAACGAUACCUACCGAGCCUCUCCAGCUUUCGCUUCAGUUUCAACCUUCAAGAUGCGCGGUCGCGCAUGCGGGAUCAAGGAUGUAUUAUGUUAUUACGAUUGUUCGCUCUCAUGCUGGUGGUGACGUUGGUUUAUGUCUUCUUCAUCGGGGAUGUCUUCAACCUCAAUAAUCGCAUGAUCAUGGGUCAGACCUACAGUUCAUCGUCGGUCGAGAAUUUCAUCCAGGGCAACAUCAACGACACCAACAUCCAGGAGACCCUCAAACACAUCACCUCUUUCCCUCAUAUCGCCGGUACCGAAGGUAGCUUCUAUCUGGCAGAAUGGGUCGAGCAGGCGAUGCACCGAGCAGGGUUCGAUAAGGUCGAACGGGAAGAGUUUCAGGUCUACCUGAACUAUCCGCGUGACGGUGGUCGCAAGGUGGCCAUCAUCGAUCCUCCAGAUUUAGUGUGGGAAGCCACCCUUGAGGAGAAUGACUCAAAAACCCCCGUGUUCCAUGGCCACUCGAAAUCCGGCAACGUGACGGGACCCUUGGUGUACGCUAAUUUCGGCUCUCGGGAAGACUUCAAGCUGCUUGCCGACCGUGGUAUCUCACUUGAUGGUGCAAUUGCUCUAGUCCGGUAUUACGGGACUGAACCAGACCGGGCUCUGAAAAUCAAAGCCGCCGAACUGGCUGGCGCAGCAGGAUGUAUCAUUUAUUCUGAUCCAGCCCAGGACGGGUUUGUCCAAGGUCCUGCCUAUCCCAAGGGACGCUAUAUGCCAGCCGAUGGGGUCCAAAGAGGCGGAGUUAGUCUCAUGUCCCAGGUUGUUGGAGACGUUCUAACCCCCGGGUGGGCAUCUACACCGGAGGAGAAGCACCGGCUAUUGCCCGAAGAGAGUGCCGGCUUGACAAAGAUCCCUAGCCUUCCCAUCGCCUGGCGCGACGCGCAACGAUUGUUGCAGGCCCUGGAGGGACAUGGCUCCAAGGUCCCCAGCGAAUGGGUUGGUGGGGUACCCAAGAUUCAAGGCUGGUGGACCGGUGAUCAGAAUUCGCCGACUGUCCACUUGAUGAAUCUGCAGGAUGAAGUGGAGAGAAUGCCUAUUUACAAUGUCCACGGGACUAUCAUCGGACUCGAGGAGCGCGACAAGAAGAUCAUUGUUGGCAAUCAUCGGGAUUCAUGGUGUCUGGGAAGUGUUGAUCCUGGCAGUGGCACUGCAGUCUUUCUUGAGGUCAUACGAGCCUUUGGUGAGCUGCUCAAUUACGGCUGGCGGCCACUUCGUACCAUCGAGUUUGUCAGCUGGGAUGGUGAGGAAUACAACCUUAUCGGCUCAACAGAACAUGUUGAAAAGGAAGCUGAGAACCUCCGGAGCAAUGCAUAUGCCUACCUCAAUGUUGAUGUGGGUGUAGCGGGCUCCGAGUUCCGGGCCGCAGGGUCGCCCGUGUUUGAGCGCUCUAUGCUGCAAAUAUUAGGACGUCUCUCUGACCCCACUGCCAAUAAGACGCUGAAGGACAUCUGGAUAGAAAAGGGCAGCAAGCUAGAACCGCUUGGUGCUGGCAGCGAUUACGUGGCUUUCCAGGACAUUGCAGGUACUUCUAGCAUUGAUUUUGGAUUCGAGGGCAAGCCCUACCCAUACCACAGCUGCUACGAGUCCUAUGACUGGAUGGAGAAAUCUGGUGAUCCGGGCUUCCAGUAUCACAAGCUUCUUGCACAGUUCUGGAGUCUUCUCCUACUGGAUGUGUCUGAGAAUCCCAUGCUUCCAUUCGACCUUCAAGCGUAUGCUCGAUCUAUCACCGGCUGGGUCAAAGACCUGGAAGGAUUUGUCAAAUCUAAGAAGGCCAAUGUCAAUCUGGAGGUCAUGUUCAACGCAGCAGCAGAGCUGGAAGCCAAUGCUGUCAAGUUUGAAUCAUGGAACCAGAUCUGGCAUGAUACUGUCUGGGGCUCCGGUGGAUACGAGAGCAAUGUCAUGGCGAUACAGCGUGUGAACCACAACCUACGCAUGGCCAGUUUUGACACGCAUCUGUUGGACCUAGAAGAGGGCGGCGGUAUCCCCAACCGCACUCAAUUCCGCCACGUUAUCUUCGGGCCUGAGCUAUGGUCCGGUUACGACCCCUCCAUUUUCCCCGCCAUCCGCGAUACCAUCAAUACUGGCGACUGGUCUCUCGCUCAGCACUGGAUCGAUCGUGUCGCCAACAUCAUCCACACCGCCAGCACUGAUCUCCUGCACUAA